AUGCUAUCUAUUUAUCUAUCUAUCUAUCUGAGUCUUCAUAUCUAUCUAUCUAUCUAUCUAUCUAUCUAUCUGAGUGGUCCGUCACUGAUUAAAAUCUCUUUCACUCUGUUUAUUUAUUUCUCUCCUCUUUCUCUCUCGUUCUUUUUUCCCCUUUCUUUUUUAUUUUUUCUCUUUCUUUUCUCUUUGUCUUUCUUUUCUCUUUGUCUUUCUUUUCUCACUCCUUUUCUUUCUUUUCGCUUUCUUUCUUUCUUUUCACUUUUCUUUUUGUUCUCUCUUUCUUUUCUCACUCCUUUUCUUUCUUUUCGCUUUCAUUCUUUUCGCCUUCUUUCUUUUCGCUUUCUUUUUUCUUUCUUUCUUUUCACUUUUCUUUUUGUUCUCUCUUUCUUUUCUCACUCUUUCUUUUCGUUUUUUUUCUUUUCGUUUUCUUUCUUUUCACUUUCAUUUCGCUUUCUUUCUUUCUUUCUUUCUUUUCGCUUUCUUUUCACUUUCUUUUUGUUCUCUUUCUUUUCACUUUCAUUUCGCUUUCUUUCUUUUUCUUUCUUUUUUCUUUCUUUCUGCUUUCUUUUCUUUCUUUCUUUCUGCUUUCUUUCUUUUUUUCUUUCUUCUUUCUUUCUGCUUUCUUUUUAUUCACUUUCUUUUCUCUCUUUCGAUGUGUCUAGACAAAUGAAUUGGAGGUCGGAAAAUCGGAAAGACACCCCCCGCUCCCGCUCUCUCUCUCGUAGGUUGAUCCUCAAUCUGUUCAUAUCUAUCUAUCUAUCUAUCUAUCUAUCUAUCUAUCUAUCUAUCUAUCUAUCUAUCACAUUCUCUCUCUCUAUCUAUCUCAUUCUCUCUCUAUCUCAUUCUUUUUAUCUAGUUCAUUAUCUCUAUCUCAUUCUCUUUAUCUAUCUAUCUCAUUCUCUUUAUCUAUCUAUCUCAUUCUCUUUAUCUAUCUAUCUCAUUCUCUUUAUCUAUCUAUCUCAUUCUCUUUAUCUAUCUAUCUAUCUCAUUCUCUUUAUCUAUCUAUCUAGUUCAUUCUCUUUAUCUAUCUAUCUCAUUCUUUUUAUCUAUCUAUCUAGUUCAUUCGCUUUAUCUAUUUAUCUAUCUAGUUCAUUCUUUCUCUAUCUAUCUAUUCAUUCUCUCUAUCUAUCUAGUUCAUUCUCUCUAUCUUUCUAUCUUUCUAUCUAUCUAUCUAGUUCAUUUUCUCUAUCUUUCUAUCUAUUUAUAUAUCUAUCUCAUUCUCUCUCUCUCAUUCACUUUAUCUAUCUAUCUAUCGAGCUAGCUAUUGAUCUCAUUCUCUCUAUCCGUAUCUAUAUAUCUCAUCCUCUAAUUCUCUUUAUCUAUCUCUCUAUCCUAUUCUCUCUCUAA